AUGCACAUCAAUCACCAUUACUAUCACCAUUAUCACCUCCACCUCAAUCACCAUCACCAUCACCACAACCACAUCAUCACCUCCACCUCCAUCAUCACCUCCAGCUCCAUUGUUAAACCAUCCAUCACCAUUACCUCCACCUCCAUCACCUCAACAGUUUCCAACUGCAUAUCUAUCACCAUCACCUUCACCAUUAUCACCUCCACCUCCACCACCACCAUCAUCCCCUCCAUCUCCAAUAUCACCUCCACCAGCAUAACUACCAUGUCCACCUCCAUCACCAUCACCAUCAUCAACUCCACCUCAGUCACCAUUUCCAACUGCACUUCAAUCACCAUUACCAUAACAAUCAUUACUUCCAUCAUCACCGCCACUUCCACCUCAAUCACAAUCACCAUCACCACCACCAGAAUCAACACCCCCACCUCCACCAAAACCUCAACCUCCAUCACCAUCACCUCCACCUCCAUCAACUCAACCAUUUCCAACUGCAAAUCAAUCGUCAUCACCAUUACCAUCAUCGCCCACACCUCAACCUCAAUGACCAUCACUAACACCAUCUCCACCAUCCCCUCCACCUCAAACACCAUGACAAUCUACAUCACCAUCACCAUCAACCCCACCUUAAUCACCAUCACUACCACCAGCAACAACACCUCCACCUCCAACAUCACAUGCACCUCCAUCACCAAAUCCUCCAUCACCAUCACCUCCACCUCCACCAUUACUUCAACCUCCAUUACCUCCUACUCAAUCAACAUCCCCAUCAACACCACCAGCAUCAUAAACUCUACCAUCACCUCCACUUCCAUCACCUACACAAUCAUCACCUCCAAGUCAAUCACCAUCACUACCAACAUCAUCACGUCCAUCACCUCCACCAUUUCAAAUUGCACAUUAAUCAACAUCAGCAUUACCAUAAACACCUCAACCUUCACCAUCACCUCCACCUCCAUCACCACCACCACCUUCACCUCAAAAAAUACCACAAGCAUCAUCACCACCACCACCACCAUCACCUCCAUCACCAACAACUACAUCACAACCAACUCCAUCACCAUCACCUCCACCUCCAUCACCUCAACCAUUUCCAACUGCAUAUCAAUCACCUUCACCAUCACCAUCACCAACACUGUGCUUACCACCAUCAGCACAUCCACCACCACAACCACCACCACCACCGUGCUAUCCACCAUCAACACAUCCACCACCACCACCGCCAUCCUUCUAUCCACCAUCAGCAAAUCCACCGCCACAACCACCACCACCACCAUCUUCGUCAUCGUCAUCAUCAUCAUCAUCAUCAUCAUCAUCAUCAUCAUCAUCAUAUGCAAGACCAUCAUCACUAUCCAUUACACACUUAACCCUUGUACACGGACUUUGCAUUUUGGUCAUCAAUUCUAG